GUCUGGAGUUGUUGAUGCCUGUGAGCUGUCAUGUGGAUGCCGUGAUCCAAACCUUCAUCCUCUGUAGGAACGGCUGGUGCUCUUAACCGCUGAGCCAUCUCUCCAGCCCACACAGAUGUUCUUUGUUUGUUUGUUUGUUUGGUUUGUUUGUUUGUUGGCUGUCCAGGUGCACUAUGUAAUCCAGGCUGGCAUCACACUUACAGAGAUCCACCUACCUGUGCCUCCCUAGUGCUACAGUUAAAAGGGUGUGCCACCAUGUCUGGUAUGAACUCUUAAUGUGGAGGAACUGGGAGUAAGCAAAUCAGUAGGUACUGAAUGUCUAGUAUAUAUUUAGAUAAAAAGGAAAGGGGGUGAAUAUAGGGAACAUGGAGAGAAAGAUUAAUUUUGUUAAUUAGCUGUUCUUUUUCUGUUGAAACAACUACUCUGAUAAGGUUUAAAAUGAAAAUACAUGAGGACAAAUACCAACUACUGGGUCCAUAAGGUAAAUCAGCUCUGUUGAUACAGGAAGUUCUAAAGCCGAUAGGAGGUAGAAGAGCAUUUUCUAAUUCACUGAAACUGUGGUAUAAUCAUGACAAAUCAAAAAGACUGCAGGUUUUUAAGGAUGAGUACGUAUGUGGAGCUGUUCAAAGUCCAGGCAAAUCCCACAGAUAAUAGGUAAGUUCACUGUGUUUAUAUAACAAGGUUUGUGUUUUAAAAUAUGUUUGGGGUAAAAGGAAAGAGGGAUUAAUGUUGCCAUCCACAAAUAUGCAUUAGAAGGUAGAACUUGACUGGUAAAGUUGAGGUUAGAACUGACUUUGUGGGGCCCGCCAUCAGAGAGAGGGCCCUGUGAGGACAACUUGGGGGAUGAGGCGGCUACACAGAGGGAGAAAAGAUUGCACAAAUGUUAAGAGGAAUGAGGAAUGAUUGUAUAUUUUUAUUUUCUAUGGAGUAAGUUACAGAAUUACUAGGUGACAGUAACAGUCUGUGGGGCAUGUGUGCAUGGUUUGUGACACAUGUGUGUGUGUGUAUGUGUACUAUGACCAUGUACAUAGGAUGGCUCUGAGUGAUAAGCACAGUCAUACAAAAGCUGUUAACAGUGCUUUCUUUCAGAAAAUAAUACUCCAGGGUAAUUUUUCAUUGAAUUCUGUCUUGGACUUUUGAAUUUUAUGUUGUAUGUAUUUCAUUGUCAAGAAGAACUUUUUUAAUGACCCACAAAGUAAUUAUCAUUAGUAGACUCUUGAGAAAUGUGUAUUAUAACAAAGUUAUUCCAUGAAGAUUAGUAACCAUUUUUUUAAUUUAAAUGGCUAAAGGUGGGAGGGAAUUAAUUUUCCCUCCCUGCACUGUUAAAGAUCUGACAUGUGGUAAUCAGCGGUAGGAAUGGAGAGAGAAAUAGAUUAUACACAGGAGGGGAGAAUAAAUCAGCAGAGUUAAUGGAAAGUUGAAAGCAUAGAGGGUUGGAAAUGAAACCUUGGCCAAUGGGAAAAAGACUGGGACAUGGCUGAAGUGCGGCCUUGGAAGUCAGUCAGGAGGCUGGAAGAGGCUGGACACUUUUUGUCUUUUUAUGGAACAGUGUGUUCUAAGUUGCGGUCUUCUGUCUACUGACCAUACUUGAUGGUUAGAGAAGAGCCGGCCGCAGAGCUGUGGAGGAGGCACAGUUGCCAAGCGUGCCAUGCGGUCUUCCUGGCGUGCUGGCGGCAGCUGGGAAUCUGGAGUGGAGCUGGCCUCUGAGGCUUGUCAGCUUUAGAAUGACGUGAAAUCGGAGUGACAUCUGUAAAGUCUGUGGUGAGCGAGUCAGGUACUAGGAGCCAUGAUAGAGACCUGACUUAGGAAGCAAGUAGGCCAGCGUAUCUGCCUGUGCCAGGUCUCUUCAGAGCAGUCUCAGUAGAAACCAGAACAGAGACGGAAUGAGUCCUUAAAUUAUGACAGAUCAACAGCGGCACAACAGUCUGUCCUCUUGUGUAGGGUAGGUGCUUACAGACCUUGACAGCAGAGUGUGGUAGGGCCAGUUUAAGCUCUAGUUUGAUGUGUGACGUGCAGCCUGUUAAGCUGACUGUAGAUAGCAGCUGCCCGGAGGAAUACCUGGCCUUCUCAUUGAGCUCAGAGCCUCAGGCUUUGUGAGCACAAGGGCCUGGUCUGCUGAGCUUCUCAGAAACACUGCUCUCUUAAAUGGUAUUAUUAGCGUUUCAGUCAGUUCUGCCAUGAUUAACAAACAAAAUAGCAGUAGAUAUAAGACUAGAUCACAGAAAGAGUGGGGCUUCCGAUCUGUCGGGGUUUUUAGUCAUAAACAGCUGUAGUGAUCCCUGCUUACUUUCUAGACAGCUGGUUACUAUCCAAUAUCUACCUUUAUAUCUUCUGUCUCUGAAAGACUCACAAAACACAUUUUUGAUGACUUGCAUAUAAAUGGGAAGGAAAGGGGCCAAAGUAAAUCUGUUCUAACAUAGCUAGCUGCCAAAACCUUUUAAGAGUGACCCUUUUACAAGUAAGGCCUGUGUCAGAAGAUGGCCUCUGAGUUCUGUUUCCCACAGUACAGUCCUGCGGCCAACAGCUCUUUCUGUUGGCUGUUUUCAUGACUGUAACAGUCAGCAUCCCUGGAUCAAGCCUGUGGGAGCAGAAGCUGAUUAAACCCUUCUGCUUCUGUCGGUAUCGGUGUGUGUGUGAGUUUGCGGCGAGCUCCUAGCAGCUGCUGAGAGCGGAGCAGAUGAGCAGAGGCUUCGGGGAGGUGUGUGGGCGGGAGCAGGCGUUGCAGUUGGUUGCAUCAUGAUUUUUGAGGCCGAGAGCAAAUAAAUUCAUUUCGACACAGUCCCAACUGCUGGUACUUGAGAGACUGGACCAUCCACACGUGGAUUAGACAGUGUCUGAAAUACGGAGCACCAGACAAAGCCUUGUAUACACUUGUUAAUAAGGUUCAGUAUGGAAUUUUUCCAGAUAACUUUACAUUCAACUUACUGAUGGAUUAUUUCAUAAAGAAAGAAAAUUAUAAAGAUGCUUUGUCUGUGGUUUUUGAGAUCAUGAAGCAAGAAGCCUUUGAAGUGCCAUCCACCCAGUUCCUCUCCCUCUAUGUUUUAUACCAUUGCCUAGCAGAGAAGACAGACCUCACAUGGGAAGAAGAAAGAGACUUCGGUGCGUCCCUAUUGCUUCCAGGCCUAAAACAAAGGAACACAGUGGGCUUGAGUUCCCAGCUGUAUGGCUAUGCACUUCUCGGGAAGGUAGAACUGCAGUGUGGGCUGCGGGCUGUCUACCACGGCAUGCCUCUGAUUUGGACACCAGGCUACCUCGACAGAGCCCUUCAAGUGAUGGAGAGGGUGGCCUCCUCCCCUGAAGAUGUCAAGCUGUGUAGAGAAGUGCUCGAUGUGCUGGACGGAGUCCUGAAGGUGGUGAUGUCUCCAGACGGCCAGGCUUCAGAGACACAGCCCCAGGAGGGCGAAGACAGCUUGGGCUCAGCAAACCUGGUGGAGCAGCUGGACACUGAGGAACCAGAGCAGUCCAGGCUGCCCCAGUACCUGGAGCGGUUUCAGGCCUCUCGGUCCAAACUACAGGAGUUGAACAGAGUUGAGUCGGAAAGCCUUCUGACUCUGACCACCCAGCUUGUAAAAGAAAACCUCUCCGCCUGUGAAGCCCAGGACCUGGCCACUUACGAGCAGAAACUUCGAGAGUGGCACCAGGAGCGGAUGCAGUUGGUCCAGAGGGAACAGGAACAGAGGGAGAAGGCCAAGCAGGAGUACCAGUCGCUGAGUGCAGUGGAGAAUGCAGCCUGAAGUGCCCCAGGCCACCCCAGCCUUCUGCCAGGAUGGGACUCGGCCUCCGCCUCCAGCUCUUUCUUACAGGAGGCCGUGCAUAGCCUGAAAACCAGGAUGUGCUGUGUCCAAGCCACUGUGUGCCCAUCUAGAUGUCAGGGGCCAGGGAACUAAGAAAGUGCCAAAUGGUCGGGCUGAAGCCACAGCUACAUCUCUUACAGGGGCCGUCAAGGCUCGCUGUGGAGUCCUGGGCACAGACUAGAAAUAUCGGGGGAGCAUGAUGGGAAGCUGUAGCUGAAGAAUUGGGUCUGCAGCACAGGUGUCUGAAUGGUUUCCUGCCCUUGCCCAUGUUCAUGGAGAGGAAUGAGCUCCAUGUCCUGAUGUUGGUAAACCGAGAGCCACCCAAUUCCAGAACCAGGCACUCCUUUAGCCUGCUUCCGGUAACUCAGCACCAGUGGCCACAACGUGACCAGCCGUCAACUGUGACACUUCCACUGUUAACACCGGCCUCAUAUUCUCCCUGUGCAUGUGCACCAUAUAGAAAGCCUUUGUAAAGCCUGCAACUUCAUGACCUACCCCCUUGCCAUCCCUGCUCAGAGGCUGCCUUUUGUAUACCUGCCUCCCCAAUAAAUCUUACCCAUGUAA